AUGGUUCAAAUAAAGACUUUGGCUGCUGCGUUGGCGCUGCCAUUGGUCCUCGCCCACCCAGGCGAAGACAAGGAGAUUCUCAGGAAAGAAAUGGCACUGCGAAAUGUUCAGCAUGCCAAAGCCACCCGAUCGUUGGCUUCGUGUCAAGAUUCGCCUCAGGCCAAGGCUUUGCGGUCCCGUGCGGCAGCUCGACGUUUGGCCAAGGCCCGCGAUCUCCGAGUCAAGCGUGGACUAGUCUCUGAGAAGAUGAACCACCAAAAGAGAGAUCUCACCAAUCUCGAGAUAUACUCCAAUCUCAGCCACAACAAGACUUCGAGCCUCGAGUAUACGCUCGAUACUCCGGAAGAGACGAUUUUUGGUUCCAACAAUACUUGCGCAUUGGUACCUGAGACAACCAUUGGUCCAUACUAUGUGACUGGAGAGUACAUUCGCCAGGACAUUACCGAGGGGCAAAUUGGCGUCCCGAUGCACAUUGACAUUCAAUUCGUGGACAUGAACACAUGCGGACCGGUUGCAGAUAUCGCGGCCGACGUUUGGCACUGCAACAGCACGGGCGUCUACUCUGGCGUCGACUCGGACGGCGAGGGCGGUUUGAACUCGACCUUUUUGCGCGGCGUCCAGUUCAGCGACGAGGAUGGUGUCUCGGCCUUUGACACGCUCUUCCCUGGUCACUACGAUGAUCGCAUUACCCAUUUCCACCUCGUCGCCCAGCACAACUACACUGUGCAGCCCAACGACACGUACACGGGCGGCACCACCCUGCACGUCGGACAAAUCUACUUUGAAGACGCUCUGGUUGAUGCGGUAGAGGCCACCUACCCGUACAACACCAACACGAUCGAGUUCACCAGCUGGGAGCUGGACGGUUGGAUGCUGGAAGAGGCCACUUCUGACUAUGACCCCUACGUCGAGUACGUGCAGCUUGGUAGCGAUCUUUCAGAUGGGCUGCUCGCUUGGAUCACGGUUGCCGUCGACCUGAGCAGCGACCAUACGGCCAACCUGACCGCGGCUGCAUCCUACUACGAGGGUGGCGGCGUGGCGCAUAACGGAAGCGACAAGGGUCUGCCUCCCUCCAACCCAAAUGCUUCAUAG